AUGGGUCAGGAACCCCGCAGUCGUAAGGCUGCUCACUGGAACUGGGGUAAAAGCUCCCGUCAUGGAGACACAGGACUAAAACAGCCCUUGGACCGGGUGGGGCAGAGGCAGGGGGAUCUCUGUGAGUUUGAUGCCACACUGGUCCACAGUCUCGCUGCUUUCGUCUGCUGUCUCUACUGCCCAUCCUGCUGGUCAUUGGGCCUCCGGUGUGUGCACUUGUACAGGAUGAACUGUGAACUUCUAGCCACGUGUAGUGCCCUUGGGUACUUGGAAGGGGACACUUACCACAAGGAGCCAGAUUGCUUAGAGAGCGUGAAGGAUUUGAUCCGCUACUUGAGGCAUGAGGACGAGACUAGAGAUGUGCGGCAGCAGCUGGGGGCUGCGAAGAUCCUGCAGAGCGAUCUCCUGCCCAUCCUCACCCAGCACCGCCAGGACAAGCCUCUCUUCGAUGCUGUUAUCAGGCUGAUGGUGAAUCUGACUCAGCCGGCCUUGCUCUGUUUCGGCAGCGUGCCUAAGGACCCCAGUGUGCGGCACCAUUUCCUGCAGGUUCUAAAUCACCUGCAGGCCUACAAAGAGGCCUUCGCCAGUGAGAAGACUUUUGGAGUCCUCAGUGAAACCCUGUAUGAGCUGCUGCAGCUGGGCUGGGAGGAUCGGCAGGAAGAAGACAACUUGCUGAUUGAACGGAUAUUGCUGCUGGUCAGAAAUAUUCUCCAUGUACCAGCUGACCCUGAGCAGGAGAAGAGGAUCGACGAUGAUGCCAGUAUCCAUGACCGCCUGCUUUGGGCAAUUCAUCUCAGCGGCAUGGACGACUUGCUCCUCUUUCUGUCUAGCUCGUCUGCUGAGCAGCAGUGGAGUCUCCACGUGCUGGAAAUUGUUUCCCUCAUGUUCCGGGACCAGAAACCUGAGCAGCUAGCGGGAGUAGGGCAGGGCCGCUUGGCUCAGGAGCGAAGUGCGGAUGUGGCGGAGCUGGCGGUUCUGCGCCAGCGGGAGAUGGCGGAGAAGAGAAGUAGGACCCUGCAGCGAGGCAACAGGCAUUCUCGAUUUGGGGGCUCCUACAUUGUCCAGGGGUUGAAGUCCAUUGGGGAGAGGGACGUCAUCUUUCACAAAGGCCUUCACAAUCUCCGAAACUACAGCUCAGAUCUGGGGAAGCAGCCCCGGAGGGUGCCGAAGCGUCGCCAGGCUGCCCAGGAGCUAUCUACUCACCGCCGCUCUGCCCUCAACGUGAGGCUCUUCCUCAGGGACUUCUGCUCUGAGUUCCUGGAGAACUGUUACAACCCGCUCAUGGGUGCCGUCAAGGAUCACCUGCUUCGGGAGAGAGCCCAGCAGCACGAUGAGACGUACUACAUGUGGGCCCUGGCUUUCUUUAUGGCCUUCAACCGAGCAGCCUCCUUCCGCCCGGGCUUUGUGUCUGAGACCCUCAGUGUCCGUACCUUCCACUUUGUGGAGCAGAACCUCACCAACUACUAUGAGAUGAUGCUGACUGACCGCAAGGAGGCCGCCUCCUGGGCACGCCGGAUGCACCUGGCUCUGAAAGCCUACCAGGAGCUGCUGGCCACAGUGAAUGAGAUGGACAUUUGCCCAGAUGAGGCUGUGAGAGAGAGCAGUCGCAUCAUCAAAAACAACAUUUUCUAUAUGAUGGAGUACCGAGAGCUCUUCCUGGCACUCUUCCGAAAGUUCGAUGAGAGAUACCACCCACGGUCAUUCCUUCGUGACCUGGUGGAAACCACCCACCUGUUCCUCAAAAUGUUGGAGCGGUUUUGUCGGAGCCGUGGGAACCUGAUGGUGCAGAACAAAAGAAAAAAGAGAAAGAAGAAGAAGAAGGUUCAGGACCAAGAUGCGGCUUCUGGUAAUGCCUCCCGUAGCCCUGGUGAGCUGGAGGCCCUGUGGCCAGUCCUAGAAGACGAGCUGGUGCGGUGUGCCCAGGACCCUGAGCUCAGCACAGACGCCAUCGUCCCCUUUGACGCGGCCUCAGAGGUACCAGUGGAAGAGCAGCGGGUAGAAGCCAUGGUGAGGAUCCAAGACGGCCUUCUGGCUGGCCACGCUCCACAAGCCCUGGCACUCCUGCGGUCUGCCCGGGAGGUGUGGCCUGAGGGAAACGUGUUUGGCUGUCCGGUCACAUCCCCAGGGGAGGAAAUCCAGUUGCUGAAACAAAUCCUUCUUGCCUCCCUUCCGAGGCAGCAGGACCCGGUAGAAGGAGAGGCCGAGGAAGAGGAGGAGGAGGAAGAGGAGGAGGAGUUGCAGGUGGUGCAGGUGUCAGAGAAGGAGUUUAACUUUCUGGACUACUUGAGACGCUUUGCGUGCUCAACCGUUGUGCGGGCCUAUGUGCUUCUGCUGCGGAGCUACCGGCAGAACAGUGCUCACACCAACCACUGUGUCGCCAAGAUGCUGCACCGGCUGGCCCACGACCUGGGGAUGGAAGCCCUGCUUUUCCAGCUGUCCUUGUUCUGCGUCUUUAACCAGCUGCUGAGUGACCCGGCUGCCAGGGCCUACAAAGAGCUGGUGACUUUUGCCAAAUACAUCCUUGGCAAGUUCUUCGCAUUGGCUGCAGUCAACCAAAAAGCUUUUGUGGAGCUGCUGUUCUGGAAGAACACUGCAGUUGUCCGUGAGAUGACUCAGGGAUACGGCUCCCUCGACAGUGGGUCUUCAGGUCACAGAGCCGCUGCGUGGAGCCCCGAGGAAGAGGCCCAGCUCCAGGAACUGUACCUCGCCCAUAAGGAUGUGGAAGGCCAGGAUGUAGUGGGAACCAUCCUUGCGCACCUGAAAACUGUUCCUCGGACACGCAGGCAGGUCAUCCACCAUCUGGUGCGCAUGGGACUGGCUGACAGCGUCAAGGACUUCCAAAGGAAAGGGACCCAGAUCGUCUUGUGGACAGAGGAUCAGGAGCUGGAACUACAGCGGCUCUUUGAGGAGUUCCAGGAUUCUGAUGAUGUUCUCGGACAUAUCAUGAAGAAUAUCACAGCCAAGCGUUCUCGGGCUCGGAUAGUGGAUAAAUUGCUAGCCCUAGGGUUGGUGGCUGAGCGGCGGCAACUGUACAAGAAACGGCGAAGGAAAUUGGUGCCCUCUUGCACGCUAAAUGGAGACGAGGCCCUGAAGGAUUCUUGGCCGGAAGAUCCGGGAGAGGAAGAAGAUCACUUGCCAGAGGAAGACAGUGAGGAAGAGGAAGAGGAAGACUUGGAGGCAGGACCCGUGCCGGGCAGCUCAUUUCUCUCUGCUGGGAACCUUGGUCAAAGCCUGCAUCAGGAAGGCCUCUCUGCUCCACUCCUGUGGCUCCAGAACUGCCUGAUCCGUGCAGCAGACGAUCGGCAAGAGGGUGGCUGCGCCCAGGCAAUCCCUUUGGUGCCUCUGACAGAAGACAACGAGGAAGCCAUGGAGAAUGGACAGUUCCAGCAUCUUCUACGCAAGCUAGGGAUCCGACCCCCCACCCUGGGGCAGGAAACCUUCUGGCGAAUUCCAGCCAAGUUGAGCUCCACCCAGCUUAGGAGAUUGGCAGCUUCUUUGAAUCAACAAGAAAAAGAGGAGGAAAGGGAAGAGGAACUAGAGCUACAUCCAGGAACCCCUGGGGAGCACAGUCCCAGUGAGGAGCACCGAGCCAGUGAGGAGCAUCGUCCCAGUGAGGAGAACCGAGCCAAGGCCCUGAGAGCCUUCUUGUCAGCCCGCAAGAAAAAAGCAGGCCAGGUGUCUCCAGAAGUCAGCUCUGAGGAGGAGACCACUGGGGAGAAAGAAAGCAAAAUAGUGUCCAAGAAGCGAGGACUGCUGGACAGCGAGGAAGAGAAUGAGGGGAGGGGACAAGCACCAGAGCUGGGAACUCCAGUAAUCCACAAGAAGAAACGGUUUCAAAUACAGGACGACGACGAUGACUGAGAAGCCUGGGCCUCGUGCUGGACACGGGUGCAGGUGAAAGGCGCCACAGCUGCUGUGCUUACACUGACGCCUUCCCUACACUGACGGCCCAGGGGUCUUACAGCAGUGUCGGACGGACGGACAGACAGACUCCGCAGUCAGCCCUACCCCAGUUUCAUCAGUGCGAACCGCUGAUCUCUGGAACCGUCUCUUAAACAAGACAAGUAAAUGAAACACACAGAGCAGCCCGCACCCCUCUCUGUGGCUGCCUGCGGGACGUGGUCUCAACCUCAGGCACGGGGCUUCAUAAGUACAUGGGGGGUGCGCAUCGCCUUUGGAAGGCACUGGGGUUCUCUCGUCUUUCCAGUGAUUGACCCCAAGACACACAUGAGUCCAUUCCUGCAGUGUUGGGAUGCACUGCUCUCAAGUUGACAAACCUUGAUUUGUGUUUCAUAGUAAACAUGAAAUUAAAAGCUGCCGAGGGCGGUGGUGGCGCACACCUUUAAUCCCAGCAUUCAGGAGGCAGAGGCAGGCGGAUCUUUGUGAGUUCCAGGCCAGCCUGGUCUACAGAGGGACUGCCAGGACAGGCUCCAAAGCUACAGAGAAACCCUGUCUUGGAAAAAAAAAAGUUGCUGAUCUUGAUAUUUCUUGUGGCUGAGUUCAGCAGCCAGCCAUCUGUUGUCUUUGGAAGAACUUUAAGAGUUAGAGUUACAGUCAUUUCAGAUUACCACAAAGAGAGGGAAAAGGGGGGUGUACCACC